GUUGGUCACUCUGUUAUAGUUUUGCAAAGUAAAUUUUGGCCGAGUUGCAGAUUUUUCUCCUUUGAAUAAAUUGCUGCUUGUAAAUGCAGGCAUGCAUGUAUUUGUUAAAAAGUGUUUUGCAACCAAGUGACUGAGUAUAAAAGUAAAUGAGAAGUUGAAGUAACAUCAAGCAACAAAAGGAAGCAGACGAAGUGUGCAAAACCGACGCCGCCGGUGAGUUGCAAAGUUAGCCUGAUUUCAACAAAAAACAGAAGCAUGGUAUGCAGAAGGUGACAAAAGCUCAGCAAGGACUCUGCGGCAGAUGACGAGAGCGGAAACGGGCAAGGACAAAGUACCGCACAUGGCGGCAGGGAUACAACGCCACAGGAUACGGCCAACAGGAUAUUAAACUAGCAGAAGGUCCACCAGUCCACCAGCCAGCUAGCCAGCAAAGAAAAACAAAGCCGAGGAAGGCCCAAAGCGUGGAUUUGGGGAGAAAGGGAGAAGCCAACAAAUGGCAGCCAUUGUUGCGGGUGGAGGAACCGGACCGGGAAGUAAUGGAUCAGGUCCCGGUGCUGCUGCUACCCGAGAGUUUGUGGAUGGCUGGACUUUGGCUCAAACUUUAGGCGAAGGGGCCUAUGGCGAGGUAAAGUUGCUAAUCAACCGUCAGACUGGCGAGGCUGUGGCCAUGAAAAUGGUGGACCUGAAGAAGCAUCCGGAUGCCGUCAACUCGGUCCGCAAGGAGGUCUGCAUCCAGAAGAUGCUCCAGCACACAAAUAUCCUGCGAUUUUUCGGCAAACGGUCGCAGGGCAAUGUGGAGUACAUAUUCCUGGAAUAUGCCGCCGGUGGAGAGCUAUUUGAUCGAAUCGAACCCGAUGUUGGAAUGCCCCAGCAUGAGGCCCAGAGAUAUUUCCUCCAGCUCCUGUCCGGCAUCAACUAUCUGCAUCAGCGUGGAAUAGCUCAUCGGGACCUGAAGCCGGAGAAUCUCCUGCUGGACGAGCACGACAAUGUGAAGAUCUCGGACUUUGGCAUGGCCACCAUGUUUAGGUGCAAAGGCAAGGAGCGACUGCUGGACAAGCGCUGCGGUACUUUGCCGUACGUUGCCCCAGAGGUUCUCCAGAAACCGUAUCAUGCCCAGCCGGCGGAUAUCUGGUCGUGUGGUGUGAUUCUCAUCACCAUGCUGGCGGGUGAAUUACCCUGGGAUCAGCCUUCGGCCAAUUGUGUGGAGUUUAUUAACUGGAAGGAUAACGACCAUUGGCAAACGCAAACGCCAUGGAGCAAGCUGGACACUUUGGCCAUUUCCCUGCUACGAAAGGUCCUUGCCACCAGUCCGGGGACACGUCUGACUUUACCCAAAAUCCUCAAUCACAAAUGGUGCAACAUGCAAUUCGUGGACAAUGAACGCUCUUUGGACCUGGUGGACUCGGCAGCUGCCUUGGAGAUUUGUUCUCCGAAAGCCAAGCGCCAGCGGCUGCAGUCUAAUGGAAAUCUCAACAAUGUCUUGGAUGACUCUAUAUCCCGCAACUAUUGCUCUCAGCCCUCGAUGAGGAACGACAAUGAUGACUUCGAUCUAAGACUGCGCACCGGCCGGCCCAAGAAUGGUGACGAGGUUAUGGCCCAGGAGGCUCGACUCGGCUUCUGUUUCUCGCAGCCCGCCCUCCUGGAUGAUCUGCUGCUGGCCACGCAAAUGAACCAGACCCAGAGUGCCUCGCAGAACUACUUCCAGCGCUUGGUGCGCCGCAUGACCCGCUUCUUUGUGACCACCCGAUGGGACGACACGAUCAAGCUUUUGGUCAACACCAUCGAGCGACUGGGUGGCUAUACCUGCAAGGUCGGCGAGGACGGUGUGGUCACCGUGUCCACCGUCGAUCGGCACAAGCUGAGACUGGUCUUCAAGGCCCAUAUCAUCGAGAUGGACGGAAAGAUACUGGUGGACUUCCGGCUGUCCAAGGGCUGUGGCCUGGAGUUCAAGCGGCGCUUCAUCAAGAUCAAGAACGCCCUGGAGGGCUUUGUGCAGAAGGGACCCACCACCUGGCCCAUUGCAAUUGCCACGAACUCGGUGCCUUAGUUUGUAAUUACCUCUUAAACUUUAAAGACGCACCCACCUCCUGGUGGGAUUUCAUCACGUUUAGUUUUAAUGAAAAUUCUCAAUGUGCUAACUUAUUUUUUAAAUCCAUUGCAUUAUUUACGAUUAAGUUUUGUGUUAGUAUUGCAUUUCUAUCGGACGAUUUGAAUUUUGUUAAAUUGUUAAUGUCUCUAGUAUUGAAUGUAACUAGUUUAGGUCGUUAUCGAACAAUAAAUCGAAGCUGAUUUGGAUUGAAA